AUGGAGAAUUGGAGCGCUUGUGACAGUUAUUCUGUCAGCUGGAAAACCUUGGAUUCUCCUGAUGCUGCUAUCAAGAUACCUCCUUAUCAGCUAAGGGAGAAGUGUCUCCUUCCUCUCCAACUGGCUCUGGAAUCGAAGAGCAUGAAGUUGGCCCAGCAGGCUCUUGCAGGGAUGCAGAAGCUGCUGUCUGAUGAGAGGUUUGUAUCCGUGGAAACAGAUUCGGAUGAGAAACAGUUGCUUAAUCAGAUGCUGAAUGCCGUCAAAGUGACUCCUUCACUCAACGAAGAUCUGCAGGUUGAAGUGAUGAAGGUCUUGCUCUGUAUAACAUAUACCUCCACAUUUGAGCUGAAUGGGAGCUCAGUGUUGAAGAUUGCUGAGUUGUGUUUUGCAUGCAAUAGAGCUGGAAGUCCCCGAAUGCAUGAAAUGAUCAAAAUGUCCAUUGCAUACCUCCUUGGGGCCCUGAGCUCUCGAAUUUUUACUGGCAAUCCUUCAUCAGUGGCUUUUAAAAAGGUUUGCAUUGAGACAUAUGUAUCUAGCUGUCACCAGCGGAGCAUUAACACCGCUGUGCGGGCAACCCUCAGCCAAAUGUUGAGUGACUUGACUUUACAGUUACGACAAAAGCAAGAAAAUAUGACAAUUGAAAAUAAUGAGGCCCUGCAGAAAUUCAAAAGUCAAGGUACUUCAGCUGAGUCUCUUUGUGACGAUGUUGUAUCUGUCCUCACUGUGCUCUGUGAGAAGCUCCAGGCUGUCAUAAACGACAAUCGACAACUUCAGCUUCUUUAUUUGGAGUGCAUCCUCUCCAUGUUAAACAGCUCCUCUCCAAGCAUGCACCAGCACAAAGGAUUCACUGAUCUAAUAUGGAAGCAACUGUGUCCAGCCCUAGUAGUAAUCCUGGGAAAUCCAAUCCAUGACAAAACUAUCACCUCUGCCCACAGCAGCAUCUGUCUAGAAGCUGAUUCACCUUCCUCAGGGGUCUCUGAUCAUGGCCGGGGUUCAGGCUGUUCAUCCACAGCGCCUGCCCUUAGUGGGCCUGUUGCACGGACCAUAUACUACAUUGCUGCAGAACUGGUUCGACUGGUGGGGACAGUGGAAUCAAUGAAGCCUGUGCUGCAAUCUCUCUAUCACCGGAUAUUGCUCUACCCACCACCUCAGCACCGAGUAGAAGCCAUCAAAAUUAUGAAAGAGAUACUUGGCAGUCCUCGGAGGCUUUGUGAUUUGGCAGGGCCCUGCUCUUCUGAGUCAGAAUCCAGGAAGAGAUCUAUUUCUAAAAGGAAGUCCCAUCUGGAUCUUCUCAAGCUUAUCAUGGAUGGGAUGACAGAAGCGUGCAUCAAGGGUGGUAUUGAAGCAUGUUAUGCUUCAGUGUCCUGCGUAUUUGCCCUGCUGGGAGCACUGGAUGAGCUAAGCCAUGGCAGGGGUCUUAGUGAGGAACAGGUCCAUCUGCUCCUCCGGCGCCUGGAAGAAUUGAAGGAUGGGACUGAGACAAGCAGGGACUCCAUGGAGAUCAAUGAUGCUGACUUUAGGUGGCAGAGGCGCAUUCUUUCCUCAGAAAAUCCUGCUUGGGAAUCAGGAAAUGAGAAAAGUCCUGAUAUUAGCAUUAGUGUUACCACAGACACUGGUCAGACCACUUUGGAAGGAGAUAUGGGACAGACAACUCCAGAGGAUAAUCUGGAAAGUCAAAAAACUCACUGCCAUCUCCAGCUGGACAUGAAAGCAAAGAGAUUCAUUAUAGAGAACCAGAGUCAGAAACCAUUGACCAGCCAGAUGUUGUUCAGAGAAGCCACAACAUAGUCUAUCCAGAUAUAACUAACUUCUUAUCAGUUGACUGCAAGACCCGGUCUUAUGGAUCCAGGUACAGUGAAAGUAACUUCAGUGUAGAUGACCAGGAUCUUUCUAGGACUGAGUUUGAUUCAUGUGACCAGUAUUCCAUGGCAGCAGAGAAGGACUCUGGCCGGUCAGAUGUUUCGGACAUAGGCUCUGACAAUUGCUCCCUGGCUGAUGAGGAGCAGACACCACGAGACUGUCCAGGUACCAGGUCCUUACGUACUGCUGCUCUCUCUCUAAAGUUGCUGAAAAACCAGGAAGCAGACCAGCACAGCGCACAGCUCUUCAUCCAAUCUCUUGAAGCUCUUCUUCCUCGGCUCAUAGCUCUCCCCAGCAUAGAGGAGGUGGAUGCAGCACUACAGAACUUCUCUUCAGCUUUUUGCUCAGUUAUUCACCUUAUCCACGCCCCCAAAGUGACGUCAGUGGAAAGUCCGAGAAGGCAGCAGCACAGAACUUUCAAACCCUCACGAGGCAAGAAAAACAUUUUGCU